ACCUCGAGGAAGUGACAGUCAUCCGGAAGCUCGUAGCCGACAUCGCGUACACGACACUAUCGUUACUGUCGUGUGUCAAAGUUAGGCAGUAGAUAUCGUCUAAAGUUAUGAUACCAUAAUCUUUCAGCGAUAGAUAUCCAAAGAUACGCAGAAGAUAAAAAGAUAAAAAGAAAAAAAAAAUUGUUCGGGGCAAAAAAGCCUUGCAUCAUCACGCAUUCAUCGCAUAUAAUCUAUAAAUCUUUUGGAUAAAAAUUAUCCACGCAUAAACGGCGAAAACAAUUUCUUCGAAUUAACUGUGCAUCAGUUAAUCAAUCAUUAAUAUCGGUUAAUAUAUAAGUAAUCGGUUCAUCAACGCUGGUACCAGCCUUGCUUCGUUGGUACCACGCAAGUCACGCAGUGCUGGGUCGCGCCGGGAGAGAAGCCGCGAAAGUUUUCCCGAGGUAUAUACAGUCGGAAGGUUUCCGGCCGGUUCUCCAUCCGGAAGGAAACUACGCUCGGCAAUAAGAUAAGAACGAAACGAAUAACGAUUCGCUGGAUGCCCUAAGGGUUUAAAGGGACCCCAGGGGCCAGAAGAGAGACGGUGGCCGAUUCUGAUGCCGACACGUGCUGAGCGCGAUUAUUGAGGGUGCGGCGGAGCACAGGAGACGAACGGAGCCACGAGGGCCCGCGGGAAGAGCUGAAGAAGAGGGAGCUCGGGCCGGGCGACUGCCAGAAGUUGUUGCCCAGUUCCGGUGAGGGGGCGGACAUCGGGCCCGGAUGCUCGCGAGGACGAGACGCCGGAAGCGUUGCCACGUUGGAAGGGAGAAUAUUGACGGCCGUCAACAAGUUCCUUACAACGUCCCCUUUGGUUAACAAGGUCAAGUUGUUGAUGACAAGACAGAGCAGCGGUGAGGCGGGAGAUGGCACGGAGGAGGGGAAAGAGGACACCGGGUCGGAUUGUCCCCCACGGACGCCGACUUCGCCAUCAAUGACAGCGUCAUCGAUGACAUCGUCGACAAUGGUUCGUACACCGGGGUCGCCGAACUUGUCAAUGGUAUGUCCCGCCGCCGAUGUCUCGAUGCGCGAUCUGCAACAGCGACGACGACAGCAACAAUCACAAGAAUUAUCUUUGACACAGACCACGGAAACAACAACAGUCACCGCUCCCUCGGCUUCCGUCAACGACAAAACCAUCCACUCCACGAACAUCCUAUCUUUGCCGGCUUCGCCAAAGCGAUCAUCGGCGAGCAACGUUUCGUCCAAUAAGACGCCUAUAUCGAAGUCGCAGAUGAAGGAAUUCCGAGAGGCCUUCAGGCUGUUUGACAAGGACGGCGACGGAACUAUUACUAAAGAAGAACUCGGCAGAGUUAUGCGUUCCUUGGGACAAUUUGCGAGAGCGGAGGAGUUGAGUACGAUGCUGCAGGAAAUCGACAUUGACGGUGACGGAAACGUCAGCUUUGAAGAAUUCGUCGAGAUUGUGAGCAACAUCGGUGCAAACACGGCUGCUCCCUCGGAUCAAGAUCAGGAGGAGCAAGAAUUGCGAGACGCCUUUCGAGUGUUUGACAAACAUAAUCGUGGAUAUAUCACCGCGUCGGACCUUAGAGCGGUAUUGCAAUGUCUGGGAGAGGAUCUUUCCGAGGAGGAAAUCGAAGACAUGAUUAAGGAAGUGGAUGUGGAUGGGGAUGGUCGAAUUGAUUUCUAUGAAUUCGUUCAUGCUCUCGGCGAGCCGGGAAUCGACGAAGACGAAGAAGACGACGAAGAAGAGCUGCAAUCGCCGCUGUUCUAAGAUCACGUUUAUCCUCAUCUCUUUGUUAGAUAAGUCAGAUCAGACAAAAACGAUGUGCAAUUUCUCGACUUGCACAAAAUAUCCCUUCUCUCACGUUUGCAAUUCGAAUCGCGUGCGAUUGCGCCUCCACAAACGAAACGCGGCUCAACUUUGACUACGCGAAUCCGUUUACGUUUUAUUAGUUCUCAUCCUUCUUCUCCAAUUUCUAAUCAAAUUCUAACGCUGGAAUGCGAAAGUCUUGCUAAAUGCAUCGUGAAUAGGUAAAAUAAUCUGCACUGAGCUAUAUUAUCUGCAAAUUAUCGCGAAUACAACACGAAUUUGCAUUAUUGAUGUAUAUUAAAUGCGUCAGAUACGAAUUGACCUUCCCUCGAACGGGGGAUUCUUGAUAAAUCACAAAUGUCAUGAUUCAAUGUAGUUCGUGAAACUUUAUUUAUUUGACUACUAGUUAUUAUAAGCCGUCUGCUGAUAAAUGAGCACAAUAUGAAUUGUAAAUUAUAAUCCCAAAAAUUAUAACGAAGUUAAAAAAAUGUGACAUAUUAAUUAAAAAGAUUAAUAGAUUUAUUUGAGAAAACUGAUUAAUUUUAAAAUAUUAAAUCAAAUAAAAAUUUUGAUUGCACCGUAAAUUGAAUGAAUGAAUACAAAAAUAUAAGAUUACAAGGAGCGUUUCUUGACACAUUUAACAAAUCGCUGAUAAAAUUAACGCCAGAUAAUUAUGAGUCAGUUGAUAACGAAUCUCUUGAUGAGAUUUUGCCAAGCUAGACAACGAUAAGCGUUUCUGGCGACGUGCCAUAUGUGUUAAAACUAUGGAUAAAUCAUCAGCGGUCGGCUAUGGUGACUUUCAUCUCGAAACGAAGUGCAGCUCGUGUCAAGCCAAUGAAUGAGUUGGGUAUGAGAUAAUCUCUCACGUCACGAAAAGCAAGCAUUAAGUGCGAGAUGUUAACCUAGUUGAAAUAAAUUAUUCAUUUCGCACGUAUUUUCGAUUCUAUAUUGCUUCGAUAUUAGAGACGGCACCGUUUCUCGCCGGCUCUAUCUUUUUCCGAGUCUUUCGAUGCCGCACUCGGCGACUCUUUAAGAUAUAAAAUCGACUAGAUCAUAAAUUCCGUCUCCAUCUGUGGACUUUUUCUCGAUUUUACUCUCGCGUCUAACACUAGAUAAUGUUAUAUUCCAUUUAAAAUAAUCUUAAUAAUCUUAAGAAAGGGAUAAAACACGCACCGCACUAUUCUCAACAAAUCGCGCCGAUGUAUGCGUCGCGAUGGCGCGAUCGCCGAGCGAGAGGAAAAAGGAGAUCAAAAGAUCGCGUCGCUCGAGCAAUCCCGCUGAUUUGCAUAAUCGUAUCAAAUCGAUGAACCUUCCACGAUCCCUCUUGGAAAUGGUCGCCUGAAAUUAUCGGUGUCCAAGCCGGACAAGCGAGCGAAUCUUAUGUCGAUCUUCGCUCGCUUUGCUCUCGUCGGGCCUCGUAUUAUGUACCUUAAACGACUAUAUCACUGUUACGCCAAUAACAAAGCUGCACGCUGUUUAAAAUAUUUUAAAGGAUUUAAUAAAUCGCUAAAAAACAUUUUGUAGAAUUAAUUUAAUUCCUUUCAAUCCAUUUCCUAAAGCAGUGCCUUCAGAAUUAAAAUUCUUAUAAACAUGAUUCGCGUGUUUUCUCUUUACUGAUUAUGCUUUCCGAUUUUCACGAAUUUAAUUUUUCUCAGAUCUAAUUGUCAGAUUUUAAAAUUGUAGGAAUUUUUGGGAUUGUAAUUCUUCGAAUUUUAGUUUGUGCCAUCUCUUUACUUAUUAUAUUUUCUCCUGAUACUUUUCCAAUUUCCGAGAGUUUAAUUUUUCCCGAAUCAAAGUGGCAGAUUUGAAAUUCUAGGAAUACUUGGAAUCGCGAUUCUUAGAAAUUUAGUAUGUGCGACUUUUUUUACUUAUUUUGUUCUAUACUUUUCCAAUUUUCGAGAAUUAAAUUUUUCCAAUUUAAAUUACCAGAUUUAAAAUAUUAAAAAUUCUUGCAAUUGACGCGAUUCUGUCUCGGAAUUUUAAUUUGUUUUUUCAUCUCUUUGCUGAUUAUGUUCUGAUAUUUUCGAGGGUUCUAAAUCUUUUCAAUUCACACGCUAACAGAUAUAAAACUCUAAAAAUUCCUGAAAUCGUGAUUCUCUUGAAAUCUUGAUUUUAAUUAAUAAAUUAAUGGAUUAUUAGUACAUAAGAAAAAUAUACUUUUUUUCUUAAACGUUCAUUUUUAUUAGAGAUAAAUAAACUUACAUAUCUUUACAGUAACAAUGUCCCUUUCGUAACUCGGAAAAUAUGAGAAUAUCUAUUCGCAAUGAUUCAUAUAGAUCAAGACUUCCUUUUCGCUUAUCGCAUUUGGUUGUUAAUUUCGCCUUUUAUCAUCAUCGAUUCAAUAAACGAAUGAAUGAACGAACGAACAAACGAAUAAACAAACGCUUUAAAAAACUGAGUACGACACAAACGGUACGUACGUAUUAUUUUGUAUGAUCAUUGUCUACAUUGCGUAUGUUGUUGUACAUGCGAUCUCUACAAGUCUUAAAUCUUACUUAUAAUCCUAACAAUUAGCGAGCAUACAACAGCCGAACAUGAGAGAAGAAGUGAACAACAUAAGAUCACUGCUGCUAUAAGUAUCAUAAUCGAUUGGUGCCUAUCGGCUUAUGAAUUAUGUAUAUGUAUAUAUUAUCAGAUGUCUUUUCACAAAUCUUGAUAUUAGUUUUUCUUGGACUAUUCACUUUCCUUAAACUAUUCAGUUUCCUUAAACUGUCAUCCGGCUGAUUCAUUGUCAACUGGCAUUUACAUGGUCCAAAUUACAUGUGCUUCUCUUCCAACGUAACAUAAUUUAUCCUCUAUCAUUAUAUGUGUGCUGAUUUAAGUACCCUGCGAAUAAUCCUUUAGAAAUCUUUUUUACACACAUUUUAUUGCAUGAUUUAAGCCGCAUCAUGC